GUUUGUUUACCACAAACAUUCUACCAAUCAAGACAAACUCUCUCGCCCAAACACUGGCACUGGCACGGCCAGCCGCCAGCCAUGGCGAAGAUCGCCGCAAAAACGAACCAUGUCAUUGCCAAGACCUUGUUCUGCCUCCUCCCUCCUCUCCUGCUCGCCGUCGUCUUCUACCUCCACUUUCAAACACAGCUCAGCAUGUUCUCCCCCACCUGCCGGUGCGCCAGCCUGCCUGCCGCCGCCCCCGGCGCAGUCGUCGACCGCCUCCGCGCGUCGGCCACCUUCCUCCCGCUCAAGGACACGCGCCAGGGCGCGGAGACAUGGUUCAUCAGCACCCUCAACGCCACCGCCGAGCCGGAGGGCGAGGCGAGGAACCUCGUCUUCCCUUCGCCGGCGUCGGCCGGCCGGCUGCUCUGCCUAGCAGCCCCGUCCCGUCACGACGGCGCCAAGAACGCCUACGCGCUCGCGUGGCGCGACGCGCUGCCCCGCGGCUCGGCGCUCCUGCCGGGACUCGCGUUCGUGUCCGAGACGGCCUACGACCACACCAACAUCUGGCACGGGCUGACGUCGCUGGUCCCGUUCGCGUCGUGGCACGCGCGGAGCGGGUGCAGGGCGCGUCCGGCGAGGUGGGCGCUGUUCCACCACGGCGAGGUGAGGACGGAGAUGAGCGGGUGGCUGGCGACGCUGGCGGAGGCGGCGACGGGCGCCGCGGUCGCCAUCGAGACGUUCGACGCGCCCGGCCCGGCGUGCUUCGAGGAGGCGGUGGUGUUCCGGGCGAACGUGGCGGGCAUGAACAAGGAGCGGAUGCUCCGAGCCGCGGACUUCAUGCGGUGCAAGGCCAGGGCCUACUGCGGCGUGGACGCGUCGUCGAAAGCCGGAGGCGGCGGCGGCGGCGGCGACGCUUCCGCCCUGCGCGUCACGCUUCUGUUCCGCACGAGCGCGCGGGCGUUCAAGGACGAGGCGGCCGUGACGCGCGUGUUCGAGGAGGAGUGCAGGCGCGUGCCGGGGUGCGCCGUCGCCGCCGCGCACGCGAACAACUUGACGUUCUGCGACCAGGUGAGGUUGCUGAGCUCGACGGACGUGCUGAUCUCGGCGCACGGGGCGCAGAUGACCAACAUGCUGUUCAUGGACAGGAACAGCAGCGUCAUGGAGUUCUACCCUCUGGGGUGGAAGCAGAGGGCGGGGGGAGGCCAGUACGUGUUCCGGUGGAUGGCGGACUGGACGGGGAUGCGGCACGAGGGCUCGUGGUGGGAGCCCGUCGGCGAGCCGUGCCCCGGCAACCCCGACAUCCUAGACUGCUGGAAGGACCGGCAGAUCGGGCACAACGAGACCUACUUCGCGGAGUGGGCGGCCAGAGUCUUCGCCGCGGCCAGGGAGCGCAAGAGAGGCAAUGCCGUCGGGGAUCCGGCGGGACGGCGAUCGCCGGAAGCGACAGUAUGCAGGUGCAGUUAGUUGCGUUGCUUGCUGUGGAACGGCAUGGGCAGUGGAUAUCAGCAGGCGAAUAGGCUAAGAAAAUUUCGCGAUUUUGGAUGGCCAUAACCCAUAAUAAAAUGUCCAAUACAUGAAUUAUUGGAUAAGGUUGGUUCCCUGUAUCUAGAAGGCCAGUGUCAGUUGCAUGAGGUUCUUUCAUGUUGAAAUCUUCGCGAUUGGCUUUAGAGAGAUAAGAACAAAGUGCACCUCCCA